CUUAGCAGUUUUCAGUUUCAUCCCGGCACCCAAGAAGGCAACGUCGAUGAAAAGUUUGCCUCUCUUGCUACGGCACCGUGCGUUUAUCAGUCGCGCGAAAACAUUCGCGCCUUUUACAUUUUAAUCAUAUAGAAACGGCGCGAAACCAAGUGCGCUGCAACGAGCAACAUUAUUUCCGAAAAACCGUACGAUUAUGGACAAAUAAUUGAGAAAAAAUAAAAAGUGAACAGGGUUUUUCGAAUCAGCAACGUGUUCAACACCGAUCUAAAUCCGUUGAUAUAUCCAGCGCUGGAGAAAGGCGCUAUACGCUUGCCCCGAUUCACGAGUCGAAUAAAAGGAUAAAAAAAAAAACAAACAAACAAAAGAAUACUUGGACGAGAUGGGGUACAGCACGGCAAAAGAUACCUGCGCCGGAUUCAUGAAAUGGGCCUUGUUCUUGUCAAAUAUCACUAUUUUCAUUGGUGGAUUGAUCGUGACCGGGUUAGCGAUCUGGGCUCUGGUCGACAGGGUAUCGUAUAUCGCUGAAUUGCUCGGCAAUGAUUUGCUCACAGGUGCCAUCUACGUCUUACUCGUCGGUGGUAUAAUCGUCGCUGUAAUCGCUUUUUUGGGUUGUAUCGGUGCCUGUCGCGAGGUCAAAUGCAUGCUUCUCACGUACUGUAUUAUAAUGUUAGUGCUGUUCGUGACGAUGUUCAUCGGCGGGGUUCUCGGUUACGUCUUUCGUUCGAAGGUCCUCGACGUCGUCGAGCAACAAAUGACAAAUUCGUUGCGCCUAACCGAUCCUUCGACGAGGAACGCCUGGGACAUGACACAAAAAACGCUUCACUGCUGUGGCGUCAAAAGCUACAGGGAUUGGGCGUCGAAGGGUUUACCAAUACCGGAUUCGUGCUGUCGUGAAAUUUCAGCAGGAAAAUAUUUCAGAUGUAAUACCGCAGCGGAAACUCCCAAUGCGAGUAAUAUUUGGGUCGACGGUUGUUUGAACAGCACCAAAAUUUAUAUUCAAAGACAUGCCGCAGCGAUGGGAGCUUCAGGAAUCGCUAUUGCCUGCGUUAUGCUGUUCUGCAUGAUCUUCUCUUGCGCUCUGUUCAAUAUGAUUGAAUGACGCCGGGAGUUUCGCACGAUUUGAAACCACUCGAGUACAUAUUGUUGUCCGAAGCUUAUUCAAAAUCGUGAAAAAGCCAUCGAGUCUUCGAGACCAUUGUCCGUCAUUUUCGGAGUAUACACUUCGAAUAGACGAAUGGAAAUUCCCUGGACAGCAGAAGACACACACACAAAUUUUCGAUAAUCAUAUUUAAUAGAUUAGAACACGCGCAAAGAUAAACCCGCCGAAUAAAUUUUAUUUUUUUUUAACAAAUUCACGACAACGUACGAAAAAAUACAGAAAACCAAGGAAUCGUAUGGGACGUUGAGAGAACCAUGCAUUUUUACUAUUUUUAGUGCCUUUAUAAUAAAAUCUUACUUUUUUUAACCAA